GUAGGUUGCUGCCCUACAGUCCAGUGGCAUACAGGUACCUUGGACAUAUGAAGUAGCCCUAUUGCUCGAGGUCUACUCUUCCCCUCUCCUCCCUCUCUCCUUGCAUCGCCCACCGCGAGCAAAUCGGCCAUUAUGUCGCAGAAGGAAAGUGCAGCGCAGCAGACGACGGCCGAGCAGCAAAGUGACAAUGUCGCACACGCUCUGGCCGGCGCCGGUGGAGGCCUCCUCUCCAUGGCAUUGACAUAUCCUCUCAUCACCCUCUCCACGCGAGCGCAGGUCGAGAAGAAAAAGGCUUCGACCGGCACCCUGGAUGCAGCCAAGCGCAUCAUUGACCGCGAGGGCGUCGUGGGUCUGUACGCGGGUCUGGACAGUGCGCUCUUUGGCAUUACCGUCACGAACUUUGUCUACUACUAUUGGUAUGAGUUCUCGCGUGCCUUCUUCCAGAGGUCCACGGGGAAGAAACAGCUCUCCACUCUCGAGUCCAUGGCUGCGGGAGCGCUCGCCGGCUCGGCCACCGUUCUCCUCACCAACCCCAUCUGGGUCAUCAACACACGCAUGACGGCUCGUAAAAACGAGUCCACCGAAACCCUCCCUCUCCAGGAGGGCGAGAAGCGACAAGUCAACACCGCCCAACCCGGCACCAUUUCCACUCUCCUCAAGAUCAUCCGUGAAGAUGGCUUCUUCCGUCUCUUCGCCGGUGUCCUGCCAGCACUGAUCCUCGUCAUGAACCCCAUCUUGCAGUACACGAUUUUCGAGCAACUGAAGCAGGCACUCGAGAAGAGAAGGAAAGUGGGACCUACAGACUCUUUCGUGCUGGGUGCCUUGGGCAAGUUGGCUGCCACGAGCAUCACUUAUCCAUACAUCACCGUCAAGUCGAGGGCCCAUGUGGCGAGUAAGGAUGCGAAGAAACAGGGCAUGAUUGCGACAUUGAAGCAGAUUUACCACGAGGAGGGAACCGCUGGUCUGUAUGGGGGUAUUGGACCCAAGGUCACACAAUCUGUUCUUACGGCAGCGUUCUUGUUCGCUUUCAAGGAUGCGCUGUAUGAUAUGACGAUCAAAGCUCGUCGCAGCGUCGCUGCAAAGAGGGCGUAAUGAAGUGCAGCAGUUGAUGGUUUUACGGCAGCAAGCUUCACACGUGCACUGUAGUGUCUUGGGUGCAAAGAACCAAGGGCUGGCCGUGACCACGAUGAUGCCUACAGUAGUCGUUGAAUACGAGUGGAUUCGGGCAGGCCUACCGCCUGUCGGGGUUCUGGACGGCGAUUUUUAUUGCGGGAGGAGUCUUGGGCCCUUAACUUAGGGCGCAAGGCACCGGCCGGCAUCCUAAACCAUGUGAAAAGUCAGCACUCGGAACAGGGGGAUUAGGAUCGCGAAACUUCACUACCUCGUAGUAGUAAUUGUAGAAAUCCACCUUACUCGAACUGUGAACAAUGACAAUUUUAACAAGUC